AUGGAAAAACAAGAGAAAUUAAUUGAAAAUAUUAUUCAUUUUAAAUGUACUCAAAUUGAAGAAGGAAUGUCAUACGAAUGUAUAUCACAACAUCCAUACAAAGACACUGUUUUACAACAUAUGGUUUUUCCAUUUUGUUUUCCAGAAGGAGAUUCAAUGAUAAAUAAAAAAGAUGGAUUAAAUUAUCAUAUUGACUAUGAAAAACAAGAGUCAUUUGCAUUUAUCCUAACAGAUAUUAGUGCUAAUCGAAGAUAUGUUUAUUGUAGACGAUUUUCUAAUUUUAAAUUUCCUGAAUGUUUUUGUAUUAUUGCAGAGAGACCAUUUGAAUCUUUAUUUAAAAAAAUAUUAGACAAAGCUGUUGCAAUACGUAAAAUAUCAAUAAAUUUAUUAUCUAAAUUCUUUGAAGAUAUUGCAAAACAAAAUGUACCAUCAAUUAAUGGUGUAUUAACAAACAUAUCAUUUCAUCAUAUUCCUUAUGAAAUAUCUUCAGAAGAAGAUUUUAGUAAACACCAUUCAUCAAAUGUUUUAAAUAUUUUAAAAUUAUUUGGUGCUUCAUUUUUAGUUGAUAUAAUUGGUGAUAUUAUGAUGGAAAGAAAAUUUGUAUUUUUAUCAAAUUCAAUUGGUUCAUUAUCUGAUACAAUCCUUACUUUAACAUCAUUGAUUUAUCCUUUUGUUUGGCAUCAUGUAUUAAUUCCUAUUUUACCUGUUCAAUUAGCUUCAUACCCAACUGCACCAAUGCCUUAUUUAAUUGGAAUUAAAACAUCUUUAUGGGAACAUGUAAAGAAAGAAUGUGAUGGGGGAAUGGAAGAUACUAUUGUUAUUGACUUAGAAAAAGGACAACAGAUUGAAGGACCUGUCUUUCCAAUGGUAUUUACUUCUCCCAGUUCUAUUCUUCUUCGUUCACAAUUAUCAUUAAUUCAGAAUGAUCCAGAUCCAGAUGAAAAUAUUGAAUUAAAGAAUGAUACUAUUUAUAAUAUGUUUCAGUUAUUCUUCUUUAAAAUAUUUCAUAAUUAUUUUCAAUGUUUUAAAGCUAAUCCAGGUGGUAGAAUUAAAUAUUCAUUUGAUAGAGAUGCUUUUGUAUCUAAACUAAGUGAAGAUGAUAAACUAUUUUUUGAAAGUUUUGAAGAUUCUCAAAUGUGUUUUAUGUUUUUCAAUACAAGAGCAGAACAAAAGAGUGAUGAAUAUCAAAUCGAAGCUUUAUGUCCAUUUAAUCGUCUUCCACCUAAAGAGUCAUAUGGAUUUGUUGAUUGUGGAUUUGUAAUGGAAAAUUUAGAUUCUGGAGAAUCAAUUUCAAUGGUAUGUCGAUUUUGUAAUCUUCUUAUCACUGGAGAAGAUCCUUGUUCUCAAAGAGGUAAUGAACUUUAUCAUACAAAAUGCUUUAGAUGUUGUUGUUGUGCAAAGAUUUUAGAAGGAAAUAAAUUAGCUAAUUGUGAACGGUUAAAGUGUGUGUAUUGUCAUCGUUCUCAAAAACCUGAAUUAACAAUUAGUGAAAUUCAAGCAAGAAUUGAUUCAAAAGAAAAGAGAAAAUUAACAAAGACUGAAAAAUUAGUUUCUAAAACAUUUAAAAAGAGGUUUGAAAAUGAAAAGUUACAACAAAAUUAA